AUGUCGACUUUGCUGAAGCAAAUAACCGAAGAACAGAUAGCUCGAAGUUACUCGGUAGGGUCACAGGACUGUGAAAGAAGAAACAUGUCGCCCUGGACGGGCUCGAAGCUCUUGGUCAGGCUUCCCAAGGGAACACCGCGCAUCAAAUAUAUCAAUAUGAGAGAAUUGCAAGGCGCAAUUAAGAGCCGGGCGUCAGAAUGCUACGAAGAUGGCUGCAAAGGCACCUUCCUUGUAGUGACGGCAAUACCCUCUACUUUUAUCACGGAAGUGGACGAGUUCUACGGUGAUAGAAGCCCGGGGUUCGCCAUCAAUAUUGACGAAAGCCUUGCAGUCGUCGAGACCAUGCAUUCUAAGCCACGCGAAAUCCUGGCCCAGAACCUUGUCAUUCACAUAGGGAGUGCCACGAGUGAGCUUGCCCAUCUCGAAUAA